AUGAACAGGCAAUUCCAUGUACCGUCGCUUGAUGAUGAAAUUUUCGAUAUGACUGAUGUUGGCUCUAACUCCAAUUCUGCUACCAAUGCAGAGAGAAUAUUACCGGCUAGCAAGAACAUACAACAAACUGAGCAACUACAGAAUAGAAAAAUGGGAGAAGUCAGUAAUACAUCGGAGGAAAUUUAUACUUCAAACGUUCCGUGUUCCGCAGUGACUAAUCACAACAUUUGCGAUUCGCAAAAUCAAAGCACACCUAAGUACGUUAUAAUUUCAACGCCAACCAACAGCACAAUAGCGUCGCGAAAACAAGCAAAAGUUACUACAAAAGUCAACAAUGGCAAUCCCUGCGAUCCUAAUGAACCGACUAAACCUGUAUCUGCGUAUUCCAUGUUCUUUCGAGAUACGGUCAACGCUAUAAAACAUGAGAAUCCGGGGUGUACCUUUGGUGAGCUAUCCCGUAUUGUGGCAUCAAUGUGGGACGUUUUAGAUCCGAUUCAUAAGAAUGCCUAUAAUAAACGUAAUGAAAUGGCUCGUCAUGGCUAUGUAAAACAAAUGGCAAUUUAUAGACGGCAAAUAUUAGAGCAGCAAGAGGCAAAGAAAGCCCAGCAACGAGAGCAAAAACAGACACAGCAAAUUUCAGGUACUUCAACAUCGAAUCCAAUUAAUAUGAAUGCGCGUGAAACAUAUGUAAAUUUAAAUGUUAAAGGAGAAAAGUACCAGCAGCAUCAUUCACCUACCCAAAACCAACAACAACUGACCCAAGGUCGUAACACUUUAACAGCUGCAAAGGAGGAGUCAUCCGUUAUAAUGUCUAAGCCUGUAGGCGUUGCAUCCACGACAUCGACAAUUACUUCUGUAACUCCUAGUUCCUCGGAUAAGCACACACUUCACAAGGCCAAGCCAAUUCAAAUGUGCAUUCGCGAAAAUUGCAACAAACGCGCCAUCAUUAAUCCUGAUUGGGAAGAUGAGUAUUGCAGCAAUGAAUGCGUCGUGAUACAUUGUCGCAAUGUAUUCAACUCUUGGGUGCAAAUGGAAAACAAACGAGAACCGUAG